CCAUCAAACGAACGAUGCAUCUCUUCGACGGUCCGUAUGGGUCGAUCAGACUAUCCAACUGUCCCGAUGCAAUCAGGAUCACUAAAAUUCAGUGUGCUCUGAAAGCACCGGAUCAUUUCUCUCGCACAACACGUAUAUAUCUACUCGGGGAAGAAGGAAAAUCCCACAGCGAACGCACGAGAGAGGAUGGGCCGAAUGUGUUUAUUCCUAUUUCUGUUUCUCCGAUUCUUCUUCAGUUCAGUUGCUACAGCUUCCGUCUGUUCCAGUAAAGGCCUACCUCUGGUAAGGAAUCUUAGUGAAGUUCCUCAGAGUAAUUUUGGGAGGGCAGGUCUGUCACACAUUACAGUUGCAGGCUCUGUUUUGCAUGGGAUGAAAGAGGUUGAGUUAUGGCUUCAAACAUUUGCUCCAGGAACAGGGACACCAAUCCAUAGGCAUUCUUGUGAAGAGGUGUUUAUUGUUCUAAAAGGGAGUGGUACUCUUUUUCUGGCUUCAAGCUCAGAUAUGCAGUACCCAGGAAAGCCCCAGGAGUUCUCUAUCUUUUCAAAUAGCACAUUUUAUAUCCCCAUUAACGAUGCUCAUCAGGUCUGGAACACAAAUGAGAACGAGGACUUGCAGAUGCUUGUUGUGAUAUCUCGUCCCCCUGUCAAAGUGUUCAUAUAUAAGGACUGGUUCAUGCCCCACAUUGCAGCCCAAUUGAAGCUCCCUUACUAUUGGGAUGAGGAAUGCUUCUAUCCACCCAAGGAUGAGUUGUAGUUUUCAUAUCAUGUCAGCAUGUUUUUCAGCGUUUGGAUGUAGCACCAAGGAGCGAUUUGUUGGACUGGAAGUUCAAUGACGGGCCAUUUGCAUUUUGCACCAAGUAGGCUUGCAUUUUCAUGCUUUCUCAGCCACAAAUGACAGGUGAUGUAUUUAUAUGGAAAGUUUAAUUUUCUCAUUCGCAUUUUGCCGCUAGUGAACCAUGUUGAGAACUUUGAACUGCCAAACGGACGUUAAAUACACUUUCUGUAAGGAGAGCUCUGGGGAGCUAUAUAGAAAGAAGAUAGAUGUCAUUUAGGUUUCUAAUGGCUGUAGUUGAAGGUUGCUGAUGUUCAUUUUAGGUUGGUCCCAUUUGAUCUUGAACAAUCAGAAACGCUCAACUGCCAUCAGGCAAUGAAUUGAAAUUGCAUGUUUUGGAGAUGGAAUGUGGUUCAAUUUUCUAGUAG